CACUCUCUUCUAUUCUAUCGAACUCCCUUUAUAAGGCUCUUUUUCCCACCCCUGAGUUUCUCUCUCAUUUUCUACUCGAGUCACAAAAUUUCUCUCUCUCUGACUCUGCAAUCGGCGGGCGGGAGAGCUCUCUUCUAACUAGUAUUCUCUCCAAGUAUUAUUUCCAAAGUUAAAGAUGGGUAAGGAGAAGGUUCACAUUAACAUUGUGGUUAUUGGCCAUGUCGACUCUGGGAAGUCAACCACCACGGGCCACUUGAUCUACAAGCUUGGUGGUAUCGACAAGCGUGUCAUUGAGAGGUUUGAGAAGGAGGCUGCUGAGAUGAACAAGAGGUCAUUCAAGUACGCCUGGGUGCUGGACAAGCUCAAGGCUGAGCGUGAGCGUGGUAUCACAAUUGAUAUUGCCUUGUGGAAGUUUGAGACCACCAAGUACUACUGCACUGUCAUUGAUGCUCCUGGACACCGUGACUUUAUCAAGAACAUGAUUACUGGAACUUCACAGGCUGACUGUGCUGUCCUCAUCAUUGACUCCACUACUGGUGGUUUUGAAGCUGGUAUUUCAAAGGAUGGUCAGACCCGUGAGCAUGCCUUGCUUGCCUUCACUCUUGGUGUCAAGCAAAUGAUUUGCUGCUGCAACAAGAUGGAUGCCACCACACCAAAAUACUCCAAGGCAAGGUACGAUGAAAUUGUGAAGGAAGUGUCUUCAUACCUCAAGAAGGUUGGUUACAACCCUGAGAAGAUUCCAUUUGUCCCCAUUUCUGGUUUUGAGGGAGACAACAUGAUUGAGAGAUCCACCAACCUGGAUUGGUACAAGGGCCCAACUCUCCUCGAGGCUCUCGACAUGAUCCAGGAGCCCAAGAGGCCCUCAGACAAGCCCCUGCGACUCCCACUUCAGGAUGUGUACAAGAUUGGUGGUAUUGGUACUGUCCCUGUUGGUCGUGUUGAGACUGGUAUCCUCAAGCCUGGUAUGGUUGUGACCUUCGGUCCCUCUGGUUUGACCACUGAAGUUAAGUCAGUUGAGAUGCACCAUGAAGCCAUGCAAGAGGCUCUUCCUGGUGACAAUGUUGGGUUCAACGUGAAGAACGUCGCUGUUAAGGAUCUCAAGCGUGGUUAUGUUGCCUCUAACUCUAAAGAUGAUCCUGCCAAGGAAGCUGCCAACUUCACCUCCCAGGUCAUCAUCAUGAAUCACCCUGGUCAGAUUGGAAAUGGAUAUGCCCCGGUGCUUGAUUGUCACACUUCCCACAUUGCUGUUAAGUUUGCUGAACUUGUGACCAAGAUUGACAGGCGGUCUGGUAAGGAGCUUGAGAAGGAGCCCAAGUUCUUGAAGAAUGGAGAUGCUGGUCUUGUUAAGAUGGUUCCCACCAAGCCCAUGGUGGUGGAGACUUUCUCCGAGUACCCACCUCUUGGUCGUUUUGCUGUUCGUGAUAUGCGUCAGACAGUUGCUGUUGGUGUGAUCAAGAAUGUUGAGAAGAAAGACCCAAGUGGUGCCAAGGUUACAAAGGCUGCUGCAAAGAAGGGUGCCAAGUGAAGACAAUUCUGGGAAGAUAAAUCAGUACCAAUUUUGGUUCAAUGCUCCAAUUUUCACAUUGUCUUUUUUAUUUGGACAACAUUUUUCUGCUGUUAUGGUGAAGAAAUGUUUUCAUCAUUGUCAUCUAGCCCUUUUACGUGGAUGGUAGAGUAUUAAGCAAUUUGGAUUUCAACCUGAUUGCUUAAUAGACAAUGGUGGAAGAUUUGUAGACAUUCCUUUUUAUGGUUAAGAGCUUCAGAUGAUGAGAUGCGUUGAACGAGUUAACUCUUCAAUUUUUGUUUAAA